AUGGAGCCGGCUCCCGUCUUUCGUACACCUCGCAAGAGGGUAGCGUACUACUACGACCAUGACGUCGGCAACUUCAGCUACGGCCUUGGUCACCCUAUGAAGCCGCACCGCAUGCGCAUGACGCACAAUCUUGUCACCAACUACGGCCUGCACAAAAAGAUGGACAUCCUCCGUCCCAAACGAGCCACCCGCGACCAGAUGACCCGCUUCCAUACUGACGAGUAUGUCGAUUUCCUCCACCGUGUCACUCCCGAAUCGGUCCACGAGCUCACCAACGAAGGCACUCGCUACCUCAUCGGCGAGGAUUGUCCCGCGUUUGACGGCCUGUAUGAGUUUUGUUCCAUCUCGGCGGGUGGCUCGCUCGCUGCUGCUACACGCCUCAACUCAGGAGAAUCGGACGUCGCAAUCAAUUGGGCGGGUGGCUUGCAUCACGCCAAGAAGAGGGAGGCGAGUGGAUUCUGUUACGUCAACGACAUUGUGCUUGCCAUCCUCGAGCUUUUGCGUGUCCACCUCCGCGUUCUCUACAUCGACAUUGACAUUCACCACGGCGACGGUGUCGAAGAAGCAUUCUACACUACUGAUCGGGUCAUGACGGCGAGCUUCCACAAGUUUGGUGACUUCUUCCCCGGCACCGGUGACGUGCGCGAUAUCGGCCUGAAGAAAGGCAAAAACUACUGCGUCAAUGUACCCCUCCGCGACGGCAUCGGCGAUCUGGAGUUCGGAAACAUCUUCCGUCCCGUCAUCUCUCACAUCAUGGAAUGGUAUCGACCCGGUGCGGUGGUGCUUCAGUGUGGUGCCGAUUCGCUCGCCGGUGACAAGCUCGGCUGCUUCAACCUCUCGAUGCGCGGCCACGCCGAAUGCGUUGCCUUCAUGCAGACCUUUGACGUGCCUCUCAUCACGCUUGGCGGAGGAGGAUAUACGGUGCGCAACGUAGCUCGCACAUGGACGUACGAAACGGGUCUACUCGUGGGGCAGAAGCUCGACGAGGAUCUGCCGUUCAACGACUACAUCCAGUACUUUGGUCCCGAAUACAAGCUCGAAGUGCCGCCGACGUCGAUGGACAACCUCAACACGCGCGAAUAUCUCGACAACCUUCGCACCAAGGUGAUUGACAAUCUUCGCAAUCUGCCCUCGGCGCCUGGUGUGCAGAUGCAAGAGACGCCGCGCACCACGCUCAACCCGGCUGAUGUCGAGGUGUCGGACGAUGAGGACUCGGAUCUGGACGAGAGGAUCUCGCAGCGGCUGCGCGAUGCGCACGUGCAGCGAUGGGACGACGAGCUGUCUGGCGACGAAGCCGAAGCGGACGGCGAAGGGCUCGAAUCGGCGUGGGCUGCAGCUGCCAGCAGAAGAUCGAGCAGUGCAUCCAACGGCAAGAGGAGGCCGGGCAUCAUGGACCCGCUCAAGCCGUACGAACACGAUCUGGGGCUCAAGUACAUCUCUCAAAACGGCGCUGGAGCGGCAAAAGGCAAUGGCAGAGCCAAGAGGACCUUCUUCGCCGCGCGUGCUGCCAAGCCGGUGCUGGCCGACCUGCAUCUGGACGAAGACGAGGACGAAGACGACCAGGACCAUCGUCAUCAUCUCAACAGCAGGAUAGGUGCGCGAAGUGGUCGCACGAGGGCCUACUUCGCUUCCAAUGACGCCUCGACGGGUGUACCUGGCGACGCGACGCCUUUGAGCGACAUCGAGAUGGGCUCACCGGCGCUGUCUGCAGCUGCAGUCGGGUCAACCAACGGCCAUUCGAGAGCAAAUGGCCGUACCAGGUGA